UCGGUGCGUCUGGCUCGCUCGCUGUGCGGAGAGCUGGAGGGAGGGCCGGGCUGCAUUCCGCAGAGGCUUCUGUCCCAUCACUCAGAGAAGUUGUGCGUAAACUUUUUGGGAUUGUUUGGUUUUUAUGUGAGGAGGGAAAGCGGGUGAAAGCGCGAGAGCCCGUGCCAGCGAAUGGAGAAGCACAAAGUGCUGGACCAGCUCCUCGCGGAGCUCCACCGCUUCUUACUCGUCCUGGACAAGGAGACUCUGAGCGGGAACGCCACCGUGCAGAAGGGCUUGCUGUCUGACCUCCUCCAGUCCUACAGAACUGCAAAUGGCGCUGAUGAGGAGUACAUCUACAUGAACAAAGUCGUAGUUACUGGGAAGGAAAAAGACGAGAAAGAUGACAGAUCAGACGGCCUGGUGAAUGGAAAGGCAGCGAAAUAUGUCCCCGUACCACAGAAGGGCCUGCCCGACCUGCCGCCCGCCAGAACAGGCGUGGUGAACCGGGAGCCGUUCCCUCUGCCUCCCAUCCCGUCUCCAGCCUGUAUAAACGCCACAGAAAGUUACUACGAGGAGGCUCAGCCCUACGAGGAAACUGUUAAUGAUGACGGCGAGGCGGUCAGCAGCUCGUACGAGUCCUACGACGAGGAGGAGGUGACCAGGGGGAAGUCGCCGUCGGCGCAGCACCAGUGGCCGUCGGCGGAGGCGUCCAUAGAGCUGAUGAAGGACGCUCGCAUCUGCGCCUUCCUGUGGAGGAAGAAGUGGCUCGGCCAGUGGGCCAAGCAGCUGUGUGUCAUCAGAGACCACCGUCUGAUGUGCUACAAGAGCUCCAAGGAGCAGACUCCUCUUCUGGACGUGAGCCUGCUGGGCUGCAGCGUGGUCUACAAGGAGAAGCCGCUGAAGAGGAAGGAGCACAAGCUGAAGAUCGUCCCGGUGGGGGGCGAGGCCAUCGUCCUGGGCCUGCAGAGCAAAGAGCAGAUCGAGCAGUGGCUCAAGGUUAUUCAAGAGAUCAGCCCCAAACCCCCUGAAAACUGUGAUCCUCAACACUCAGCGUCCGACUCUCCAAGGCUCAUCUGCACUAAGGGGGAGCUGAGCGAGAGACACUCGGGGGCCUCGGAGAGCGGCAGCAGCACGGACAGCCACGCUGAGUCUUCAGAAAACAAAGAUGUGAAGAAGAAGUACGGCGCGGGUUUGAAGUUCAGCAACCUCAUGAACAUCGGCAAGAAGAAGCCCUCGUUACUGGAGAGCCCGGAGAAAUGUGUGGACACUUCAGGCUACCUCAACGUGCUGGUGAACAGCCAGUGGCGGACCUGCUGGUGCCUCAUCAAGAACGGGCAGCUGUGGUUCUAUCAGGACAAGGGCAAGAACAAAGUGAGCCAGCCGGCCGUGACCCUGGAGGGCUGCAGCGUUCUGCCCGACCCCAGCCCCGAACACCUCUACUCCUUCAGGAUCCACAUGGACGGCACGCAGCUGGCGACCUUAGAGGCUAAAACAUCAGCGGACAUGGGGCACUGGCUCGGCCUCUUGCUGUCACAGACGGGGAGCAAGACCGAUCCGGAGGAGCUGGCGUACGACUACGUCAACGCUGAGAGGAUCUCCUGCAUCGUCAGCGCUGCCAAAACGUCCUUAUACUUGAUGCAGAGGAGAUAUUCAGAGCCAAACAACUAUAUAGAAACGCCGCCUUCCAUUCCUCACGACUCUGAGGAGCUGUACGACGACGUGGCGUCUAUCGCCGACCCGGAGGAUGCCGAAGACGCCGGCGUGCCAAACUGUGAGCAGAACAACAUCCAGGAACACAAUGAAACAUCCUCCCCAGAUGCCAGGGACCCCUCCGGCGCCGAGCAGGACACGGAAGACAGGAUCUACCUGGACCUGAUCCCCGUGCGCUCCUUCCUCCACACAUCCUCUGGGGUUAAAACUCCCCCCACCAAAGAAACGUCUGCACUUUCCUCGACACAUGCAGAGGACCAGAAAGACUCUUCCUGUCAAACUAAUGAGGUCGUUUCAACAAACCACACUGAGCCAGAGUCAAAACCUGCGGUCAACGGCACGAGUCCGAGUCCCGGGCCGAGUAAACCGGAACAAGAACAGCCCCCGACCCCGCCUAUCAGGGGUCCUCAGAGCCAGGAGGCCCCAAAAAGGAGCAGCGUGGGACUCCCUCAGGCCUUCAACUCCUCUGCUGGACAGAUCAACAAGAGCCCGAUGACCCAGCCUGCUGCUGUGCAGCCUCACAGUCCACAGCCUCCACGUCCCAAAGCACACGUCCUCGGGUGUUCCAGUGCAGUCGAGGGCAAACUGGGCAAAAACCGCACGGAGGCAGACAUGCGGCGCUACAUCGAUGAGCGCGACCGUCUGGAGAAAGAGAGGGAGGAGGUGAGGAGCAGUCUGGCGACCCUGAAGAAGGAGAGGAGGGAGACCAAAGAGGAGCUCAGCGCCUGCCAAGAUCCCAAGCAGCAGGCGUCUUUAGAGGCCCGGCUGAAGCAGAGGGAGGAGGCGUGUCGAGAGGCGGAGCGCCGCAGGGUGGAGGUGGAGCUGCGGCUGGUGGAAGUGAAGGAGAGUCUGAAGAAAGCGGAGGCGGGGCCCUUCACUCUGGGAACCACGCUGGACAGCAGCCUCCAGGACACACAGACGGUUAAGGCAACAACCCCGCAGAAUCCCCAAGGAUCAUCAUCCUCAUCCUCAUCCUCAUCCUCAUCAUCAUCAUCGUCAGCCCAGCCAUCCACCAGCAACGCAGACACGGGUUCUCCAGUCAACUCCGCCUCUGCUCUGAAAAACCGGCCGGCCUCCAUCAUGACCACUAAAGGCAACGUCCUGCAGAAAGCCAAGGAAUGGGAGAAGAAAUCCACCACCUAGAAGGAACACGGCUUUAACUUGCAGCAUUCAGAGGUUUCUGCCAGUCUAUCCAUCAUGACAGGAACCGCCAACAUCGACAUUUUCCCCUCCCUGGAAACUUCGCCCUCAUCUUCUUCCAGAGACUCUGAGAAACCAAUCAAACAGAGACGCAUCCUGCCUCCUCACCAACCACUGGAUAUGUUCAGUGACUAUCACAAGCUGUCUUUCUCUAUUCGCAAACAGAGAGGUUGGAGGCUGUAGCAUUUCGGCCAGUGUUUCCAAUGUAACAUUAUCCAUGCUGCGCACACCUGAGUAUUGGAGACCACUGCCGGCGGGGACAGGAAGACGCCCCUGUACUGAACUGUCCCGUCACACUCUAGAUUGUAGCUUGGUUCAUAUAUGCUGGUAGCCAAGAUGUAAAUAUAUUUACACCAUUAUUCAGCCUGUGGGCUUGUAUUGCUAGCUAAAAAUGCACUUUUUAUUCAAAUAAAAAUGUA